AUGAAUCCAAGUAAGGAGUACUUUGAGUCGAUGCAUCGACCGAUACAGAGUGGGAUAUCGAACCUUCCGGAGGAGGUUGGAUCGAUAUCAUCAAAGGACGGUACCCUCAACGUGCGUGGCGAAUGGAUCGAAUGUACUUCCUCCUCCCCUACCCCCUUCCCUACAGCUGCUACCCGCAACCAGACCGUGAUCCUGUACUUCCACGGGGGCGGCCACGCAUUCCUUUCGCCAGCCUCGCACCGGGACUUUCUCUGCCGACUCGCGAAACAAAUCGGUCCCGGAACGAGGAUCCUCUCAGUCGAUUACCGUAUGGCGCCCGAGCAUCCGUUCCCGGCCGCGAUCCAUGAUGCCUACGCCGCCUACCUCUACUUGACGGAUCCUGAUCACAAGGCUUUGAACCUUGGGGAGAGGGCCAAGACUCUUCUGGGGAAAGAAAGGAUCGAGCCAAGGGACGUGGUCAUCGCAGGGGAUUCGGCUGGUGGGAACUUGGCAACGGCGUUUGUGUUAUAUCUGGCAAAGUACGUGAAGCCAGAGCGGAUGCCCCAUGCAACGAUACUCUUGUCGCCAUGGGUAGAUCCGACGUCGUCUUUGCCGGCUGCGAAGAGCGACGAUUGGUAUUGUUACUGUCCCGGGCCCAUCGGAACGAGUCCCUUUGAUAAGGAGGCCUACAUGUCGUUUAAAAAGUUUCAUCUCGCAAGCAACUACGUCUGCGGCGACGUGAACACCGCGCCGAAUGCUCGCAACGCCUUCGGGAAGGAGCGCGAAUGGGCAUGGUACUCGCACCUAUCGCAGCACCCCUUGGUCUCGCCCGCCCAUUGCGCCGACCUUUCCGGACAUACAGACACGCUCUUACACACAGCAACACACGACCGACUCGUGGACGACGCACGCUUGUACGCCCAUCGUCUCGGGCAAGAGAAUCCCGAGAAGCUCAUCCGGAUCGAGGUCUAUCAGGACAUGGUUCAUGUCCAUCAUGUCAUGUCCGUCCUCCCCGCAGCCCGUAUCGCCAUCAAGAACAUUGCGCACUUCAUUGCCCGAUCCAGACGCUUGCGCGAUCUCCGUGAAGGUCUCGUUACAGCAGCCACAUCGGAGGCGGAGGAGAAGAACGAGAAGGGCAUGGUCAAGGCAAGGGGUUCGGAUGAUAAUAUCGAAUGGGUCGCUGUCGGACCCAGGGGGAACGAAGAAUCCAAGGAUGAAGGCUGGCCGAUAAGCGUCCUCCGAAACUGCUGGCCCCAGAAUGUGGAGAAGGAGUUAUAG